AUAAACUCCCUUCGCGAGACAAAUCACAUGGAGGGAACCAGAUGUGAGUAAGUAAAAAGGAAGCCGAUCACCAGCGGGUCAAGACUCCUUCCUUGUAACUACAGAGAGCGAUUUUGAUUAUAUCUCUGCGGCAGAGCAAAUCAUGGGGUUCUGUCAAGUGUUGUGUGUGAAGAACAAGAAGAAAAAUGUUGAGAAGGCGGAGGGAAGCAGGAAGAUCAAGGGGAAAGUGGUUCUGAUGAAGAAGGGUGUGUUGGAUUUCCAUGACAUCAGAGCUUCUGUUCUGGAUAGAGUUCAUGAGUUGCUAGGCAAGGGUGUGUCCAUCCAGCUCAUUAGUGCCGUUAAACCUGACCCAGAAAAUGGGCUGAGAGGGAGGCUGGGAAAGGUGACACACUUGGAGAAUUGGAUCUCAACCAUAUCCUCGGUAACGGCAACAACAGACACAGAAUUCUCACUUACGAUUGACUGGGAUGAGAGCAUGGGAGUUCCUGGGGCGUUCAUAAUCCGAAAUCAUCAUCACAGCCAAUUUUACCUCAAAACGGUCACCUUAGAAGACAUUCCUGGGCAUGAUCCUGUACAUUUUGUCUGCAAUUCCUGGGUUUACCCUGCACAUCGAUACAAGUAUAAUCGUGUCUUCUUCUCCAAUAAAACCUACCUUCCAUGUCAAACGCCUGAGCCACUGCGCAAGUUCAGGGAAGAAGAACUGGCAAACCUACGCGGAAAUGGUUCAGGGGAACUUAAGGAGUGGGACAGAGUAUACGACUAUGCCUACUACAACGAUUUAGGAUUCCCAGAUAAGGGCCCAGAAUAUGCACGUCCUGUCCUUGGAGGGAAGGAGCAUCCAUAUCCUCGUAGAGGAAGAACUGGUCGGAAACCCACCAAAAAAGAUCCCAAAAGUGAGAAAAGAUUGCCUCUUCUUAGUCUAGACAUUUAUGUUCCGAGGGAUGAACGGUUUGGGCACUUGAAGUUUUCGGAUUUCCUAGCCUAUGCCGUAAAAUCCCUUCUUCAAGUACUGCUUCCUGAGAUCAGGUCUAUCGGUGACAAAACUUUCAAUGACUUUGACACCUUCGAAGAUAUACUUAAACUUUAUGAUAGGGGUGUCGAAUUGCCAAAGGGACCUAAACAAAGUAAAAUUAGGGAACGCAUUCCUUGGGAGAUAAUGAGAGAGCUUUUUCGGAAUGAUGGCGAACGAUUCCUCAAAUUUCCAGUACCUGAUGUGAUCAAAGACAACAAGACUGCGUGGAGGACAGACGAGGAAUUUGGUAGAGAAAUGCUAGCUGGAGUUAACCCUGUCAUCAUCAGUCGCCUCCGAGGAAUUCCCCCUGUUAGCAAGCUAAACCCAGAAGUUUAUGGGAACCAGAAUAGUUCCAUUAGAGCUGAACACAUUGAGCAUGAUUUGGAUGGCCUUACGAUACAAGAGGCACUAGACAAGAACAAGUUGUAUAUUUUAGAUCAUCAUGAUGCAUUGAUGCCAUACCUGAAUCGAGUAAACUCUACAGACACAAAGACCUAUGCCACUAGAACACUCUUAUUGCUGAGACAAGAUGGUACAUUGAAGCCCUUGGCCAUUGAAUUAAGCUUGCCCCACCCACAAGGGGAUCGUCAUGGUGCUGUCAGCAAAGUUUUUACUCCAGCACAGGAAGGUGUUGCGGCUUCAGUGUGGCAGCUUGCUAAAGCUUACGCUGCUGUGAAUGAUUCUGGAUACCAUCAGCUUGUUAGCCACUGGUUAUUCACUCAUGCUGUAAUUGAGCCGUUCAUAAUAGCUACGAAUAGGCAAUUGAGUGUGCUUCACCCUAUACAUAAGCUCCUGCAGCCCCACUAUAGGGACACAAUGAACAUAAAUGCCUUAGCACGACAAAUACUCAUCAAUGCUGGAGGCGUACUUGAGAGAACAGUUUUCCCAGGAAAAUUUGCCUUGGAAAUGUCAUCUUUUGUUUAUAAAAACUGGGUCUUCACUGAGCAGGCGCUGCCAGCUGAUCUGCUCAAGAGAGGAGUGGCGGUUCCAGAUUCCAGCUGCCCGCAUGGUCUGAGACUUCUGAUUGAUGAUUACCCAUAUGCAGUUGAUGGACUAGAAAUCUGGGCAGCAAUUGAAAAUUGGGUGAGUGAAUAUUGCUCCUUCUACUACCCAUCAGAUGACAUGGUUGAGAGUGACCAAGAACUCCAAGCUUGGUGGAACGAAGUCCGUAACGAGGGUCACGGUGAUCUUAAGGACGAGCCAUGGUGGCCAGAGAUGAGGACAAGAUCUGAGCUCAUUCAAUCAUGCACCAUUAUCAUCUGGGUAGCUUCGGCGCUUCAUGCGGCCGUCAAUUUUGGGCAGUACCCUUAUGCGGGAUACCUCCCUAAUCGUCCAACUGUGAGCCGAAGAUUCAUGCCUGAACCAGGCACCCCAGAGUACGCAGAGCUGGAGUCGAAUCCUGACUUGGCAUUCUUGAAAACAAUCACAGCCCAAUUUCAAACACUCCUCGGCGUCUCAUUGAUAGAAAUAUUGUCCAGGCAUUCAACUGAUGAGGUGUACCUUGGGCAGAGAGAUGCUCCUGGGUGGACUACAGACGCCGAACCACUGGCAGCAUUCGAAAGGUUUGGGAAGAAGCUGACGGAAAUUGAGAACAGAAUCAUUGAGAUGAACAAAGACGAAAGGCGGAAAAACAGACUUGGACCAGUGAAAGUGCCAUACACAUUGCUUUAUCCCAAUACCUCCGACUACUCAAGGGAGGGUGGACUUACAGGGAAGGGAAUUCCCAACAGCAUCUCGAUCUAAAAUCGCAGGAACAUAAUUUUGCAAACAAGUCUUUCCUAUUUCAGUCAUAGGGGUAGAUUUUUGGGUGUGAGAAAUUGAAAUACUACUACUUUGUUUGUUGAGUGGGCAGUGUGAAGUGUACGUGGGGGUAAGAGACGAGAGAUUGGCGUUUGGGAUUAUGUAUAGAUGUUAUUGGAUAUGUUUAUGAAAUUAUGUAGGAGCAUGUCGUCCUGUUAGAUUUUCCAGCAAGUGGUGGAAAAUUAAUUUAUUUAUUCUUGCAGACAU